AUGACACGCAUGACACACUGAUGCGCGUAACGUCAUCGGAUAUGCGAGGCUGCUAAUCUGUUUGAUAUCAACAACGAUAACUAGACGUCAGGAUGAGUCUUUUUCGAAAUCAGUACGACAAUGAUGUUAGUGUGUGGAGCCCCCAGGGUCGCAUUCAUCAAAUUGAAUACGCCAAGGAAGCAGUGAAACAGGGUUCAGCAGCUGUAGGUUUGAAGUCAAAGACACAUGCUGUUCUUGUGGCAGUCAAAAGGUCGUUUUCUGAGCUGUCUGCGUAUCAGAAGAAAAUUCAUCUUAUUGACAAUCACAUUGGAAUCGUUUUAGCGGGUCUCUCGUCUGAUGGACGAUUGUUGAGUAAGUUUAUGAGGACGGAGUGUCUCAACUCAAAGUAUGCGUACAACAGACGACUGCCGGUGUCUAGAUUGGUCGAUGCUGUUGGAAACAAAAUGCAGUAUCAGACUCAGGUGUAUGGGCAUCGUCCGUAUGGUGUUGGUCUGCUUGUUGCUGGAUAUGAUGAGAGUGGACCUCAUAUCUAUGAGACAUGCCCUUCUGCUAAUUACUUUGACUGCAAGGCAAUGGCCAUUGGUUCAAGGUCCCAGUCGGGAAGAACGUACCUUGAAAGGAAACUUCAUGAAUUUUCUGAUUGCACACUGGAGCAGUUGAUUCAUCACGGACUCAGAGCUUUACGUGAGACGUUACCAAGUGAGACAGAGUUAUCUACAAAGAAUUGUUCAAUAGGUUAUGUAGGAAAAGAUGAUGAUUUCACUGUACUGGAUGAUGAUGCUGUUGAGCCACAUUUAUCUACUUUGGAGGAGAAGGAAAGAGAACACACUGCAGAGGAAAUGGCUGAUGCUGACGCAGUAGCCGAGUCUGUCGAUACGGCACCAACCGAAGAGAUGCAUAUGGCAGAGGGAGAGGACGAGCCUGCGGCUGCCGACCAGAUGGACGUUCUUCAGUAGUCGAGAUGAUUAGAUUUUAUGUUGCUAGACGGCUACUGACAUUUUUCUUCGCAAAGAUUAACAUAUGCUAUCUAACAGGCUGA